AUGACCCGACUCUUCUCUCUAGGAAACUCGCGCGAGACAGUUCUGUUCGGAGGUCUAGAACCUGACCGAAAUUUGUUGAGUGAACCUUUGAAAGUACCUAUGCCGAAAGAGCAACCUACUAUUUCUGCUACUAUAGACUUAGCGCCGAUUCGCUUACGGGUUUGGUUUUCUCUAAGUGGGCUUUAUCUUAUAGAAGAUAUCAAAAGAAAGGGCCUUAAGGAUAUGGUUUUUGAUGCCAUUGCUCUUCAAGAUCUUAGCGAUCAGUAUCAAGCCCAGGUUGGCUAUAACAAUAUAAACAAUGCCUUCCUAGUGGACCUUGCGGUACUAGAGACUAGUAUUUCACGGGUUUUGGGUAAAUAUAGGCUUCUGAAAUUCGUUCCUCUGAGUAACGAUAAUCCGAUUAUUGUGUAG